AUGACAUUUAAACCUGACAGCCAUAGUCUCAACAAUAACACCAACUUUUUCUGGAGUGAUUCGUAUCCAGAGGGUUAUGGGUUUGAACCUCAAGCUGUAUUUUGUGGCAUGAAGUUCGAUGUCAUGGACGACACUCAGCGUAUUGGUGAAGCCACAGUGUUCCGCAGUGAUAAUCCUCAAAUUGAGAAUCAACAAUGUAUUGUAAAAAGCACAAAUGGAGUAACAGUGACAAAGUACAUCCAUGUGGAUGUUACAUGUCAAGUGAUGUUGAAAAGUGAUAAAUCUGACAAUGAGUCUCAUUCUGUUCGUGUAUCUGGUACUGCAGUUGUAGUCAAAUACUCUAAGCAAAAUGAAGCUAAAUUGUUGUAUAUCGAUAAUGUGGGUCUUAGCUCUAAUCUUAACUUGGUGUUUAUGAAUCAAAAGUCUCAUCUUAUUUUUCAAGCUAAAUAA